UACAGCCAUGCUCUUGGUGGGCAGAAUUGUUUAACAGCUGAGAAGAUGACCAAGGCUUCCAUUCCCACGCUGUUAAUACUAGCGUUCCUGUUACUUAUAGUAAAAGGUUCUCGGGAGAAGAUAACCCGGAAAAAGCAUGAAAGAAAAAUACCUGCGCUGCCAUUCGAGAAAAUUACACGAUCAGCUCUUAUCGGAUUAAAACCAGAGGAUGUUUUUAAAGUGACUAAUGCAGAUACCGAGGGCACAAGAAAAAAUAAUGUAAAUUCUCUACAACAACUUCCAGCGAUUAAAGAGGAACAAAGUUUGACAAACAGUGCCCUAUUGUAUUCUGGACAGCUGUCAUCACUUGACCAACGAUUGGUGAACCAAUUUGACAAAGAACUUACAGGAAAUCAUGAGGAUUAUUUGCAUGGCACAAUGUCAAAGACUGAAGACGGUUAUGUGAUGGAUCCUUCUCAUAACAAGUCACCAAACGAUUUUAGUAAGAGUAGUAGGAACUUCGUUGAGAAGGUAACAAGAGAUGAAAUGGGGAGAACUGAAGAUAUGAGUACUGUUCGUAAUGGAGGGCUGGAUAAUGAUUUCUAUCGCCAAAUAAGCCAGAUAGACAACGAUCAGCCACAAGCUUCUGAUGCUGGUAAAGUUAGUGACAUGUACAAAGAUAACCCUUUACCUGAGUACAGCUACAAGGAGUCAGAAUUCGACAAAAUGCCUGAUUACAAUUCUAAGUUUGGAAACAAUCCGUUCGAAAUGCCAAAGAAUUAUUAUCAAGAACUUGAUACCCAAGAUAAAGAACUCUUUGAGGGCGUUAAUACAAAUCAAGAACACCACCAAAACUCCCCAUCUGAUAACUCGGAUCUUUUUUCUGCGAUUGGUAAAAAGGUCAUUCUUGACUUGCUGAACCAUCGAAACGACUCAGAUCACCAGAGCGAAGACCAUCUUAAGCAAGACUUUCUCAAGAAAGUGAUAGGAGAAAAAAUUGAACAAAAUGAUGCGGCAAUUGGCUCUUUGCUUGCAACUAAACAAGCAACAACUCUGUCACCUUUUCACAGUCAAGUGAAAACACUGAUGACGGCUAACCCUAACGUGAUCAGUUAUCAUUUGCCUACAUUACCAUCGCAAGGAAACGUUUUAACGUCAGGGAAGAUAUCUUCGAAAAGUAUAAUGAUCAAUGAGCAACAACCACCAAGCACGACAAAUGAAGACAACCUACAUAUUCAAGGACAAGUUUCUCGAGGUGGUCCUCCUACGCCAUCUCGAAUGAUGAAAGAUCAGUCCGCAGAUAUCCCAAAUAGCAAAACGCUAUUUAGAAACGCUUUGCAAUCUAAAGAAACAGACUCACCAAAUGAUAGUUAUGUGACACUUAAAAUAUCUGGUGCUGGAAAACCUGUUAGUUUUAAAGCUGGAACUAGUAAUGACGGAUCGCUAGUUCUUAAAAUACCUGGCAAUGUCACAUUAACGGAAUCGGAUCCAAAAAAAACCAUUAAAAGUGGAACGUUCCCCAAAAUGAAAGAAUAUAACAACUAUAAGCCACAAAUAGCAACAGAUGCUGACGAAAUGAACCGUUAUCUCUGGGAAAGCCAAACAGAUCCAGGAAGAGAAUUCUCUAAGAAAGGAAAUAUGAUUAAAGGUUUUGAUGACGAUUUGACAACAAAUAUGCUUAGCUGGCAGAUUCUGGGGAAAACGAAUUCCAAAUUAAAUAACGGCAAUGAUUGGGAACAUAAUGAGGGUCUUUUUCACGAGGCAGAUCUACCCUCUGUGAGCCCAACCAGAGGUCGCAACGUUGGCGAGAAUCAAAGAAGUCCGACUGCAGUGCACGGUUUUAAACAAAUAUCUCCAACCAAAUACAAUGAACUAGACAGAAUAUCAUUUGCCGGGGUAGGACAAUCUCCCCCACCAGAUAUAUUUCCUCUAAGCUCAAGACUGCGGGAAGGAGAAGAAAAGCACAAGUUUUUGUCCUUGAAAAGCUUUUUGAGGCCAUCUAGGUUUUUCGAGGACCAUCCUGAAAACAGGGCAAGACUCAGCUUUAGACCGGACCACGACUUAACGAGAUCAUCCACCAAUAGGAAGUUGGAAAAUGGUGUGAAGGAUUCUUGGUCGCCAUGUUCAGUGACCUGUGGUCAAGGUAUUCAAGCUAGAGCUCAGUUCUGCCAGGGAAGACAGUGUAAGGGAUACAGAACAGAAAGCAGGGCUUGUUUCAUGCACCCAUGUCCCGAGCAACUAGGGAGAGCUGGUCUUCGUUUACAUAACAAGUUUAGAACAUGGCACGGAAGUCCUCCUCUGAAGUGGUCCAAGCGUUUGGCCUCUAAGGCUCAGGAAAUCGCUAAACAUUUAGCAGAUAAUUCAAUCCAUUUAACGGACUUGAAAAAGGAGCAUAUCGGUAUUAACGUGGCCCGCCUGUGGCACAGUUACGACAUCGCUGCCGAGAAAGCUACCGCUGACUGGUAUAGCGAAGUCAAGAGCUACAACUUCGACGAUCCAAUGAUCGACAAGUCUACCAGGCACUUUACUCAACUUAUAUGGAGAGAUUCGAAGUGGCUCGGAAUUGGGGAAGCAAAAAGCUUGGAUGGAAAGCACACUGUUGUGGUUGCACUUUAUGAUCCACCUGGAAACUUAAGACAUAAGGAGAAAAGCAACAUCCAUGUACCUGAAUCACAGAGUUAGGAAAGCAGGGAAGCGCUGCUAAUCAUAUUUCUCUGAGCUAGUCAUAUUUAAAUAGAUAUCCGCCAGUGGCUUUUUGCAGCUUACACGUUUGGAUUAGGUGCUGCACAUUGAAAAUGCCGUUUACAUGGACCCUAAAGGCUCUUUAUAAGAGGAAAUAUAUCACAGUUUCCAUAAAGGAACUGAAAACGAGAUCAUAUUCAGUUUGAUUGAAGC